GUUUGAAUCGUCUAUUCAAUCACUGCAGAAUAGAGUACCAGCGCAUUGGUCAGUCAAAUGAUCAAUCGGUACCGACAAGAUAUUGCCUGCGUACGUACAUGCGUAUGUUUGUAUGUGCAGAUGGUGUGUUUGGAUUAUGAGAGAUUCAAGGCGUUGCUGUUCAAGAUAGAGGCCAUGAACUCGCACCCCGACACGCAGGCCCGUCCGCAUCACCAUCGCAAGGCAGAAACUCACCGCAAUGGCGCACAACCUACGUCUAAAAGUGAGUAGAAACAGAAAGGCAGGAGCACACACAGAGAGAAAGAGGUGGCGCAUGCACAUCAUGUCUGGUGUGUGUGUUUGGUGUGUGGUGUUCAGUCGUUGGACCCGUCGCUGCUCUCCCUCCCUCCCGCGUUGCUGUUUGACCGACUCGGCCCUCUCAUCGGCACCGAGUCCGUCAUCGGGGGCCUGGCACGUGCCCACUCGUCCUUCCUGGUGCCCUCCCACGACCCCGACAUGCACACAACCAUCACCUUCACCGCCGACCACGCCAUCCACCCCACCGACAAGCAACUGGAGGCAUGGGUGCCCCGGCUGGCCAAGACGUCUUGGGCGGUGCUCAGCUGUCGGAUGAACAUGGGCAUGGUGAAGCUGCUGGAGGCCAUUAACGAGACUCUCGAGCAUUUGGAGGCGGACAGCACGUCGACAGAGCCACACGAGAUAGAUCUUUUGGAUCUGGAGAGCGAAGAGCGGACGGCAUUCCCCCGGUUGAAGACAGUAGCAGUGGGCGGGCGGUGAGGGUGGGUUACCGAUGCAGCGCUACUGGGACCUACGGUGGGGUCUUACAAAACACAAUUCAGCCAGUGCAGUCAGCCCGCCACCUGGCACCGACCGAACACUCCCUCUUGUGUGUGUGCGCGCCACAGGUCGCUCGAGUGUAAGCUGCGCAAGCAGAGCAUGCAGGAGAGGAUCGCCCACAACCACGAAUUCGAACCCAACAGUCGCUACGGGCAGCUCUGGCUGUCCUGGCGCAGGAGCGUGCCCAUCAUCCUCCUGUCGCCCCCAUUCGCGUGGGAUGCGCGUGAGGCGAUGGGCCUCAUCAUCGAGUCCGCGCAGGUCAAGAUUGUGAGGAGCAUCGCCAUCACAGAGGAACAGCCCGACCUGGACGGCUGGAUCGACGAGGACAAUGAUGAGCCGAGAAGGUCGCUCGAGUGCAUCGAGGCCACCAUCAAGGCAAAAAAGAUCACGCCAAGAAUCAUGUCGGUGAGUGACCAAUGCACGCACAGAAAGCGAGUGGCCACUCGCGACACAUCCUGUCUGUUGCCUGCUGUGUCGCAGUCGCUGCAUAAGGUCCACAAGUACCGUGUGAGCCCUGGCGGCAAGGAGGACUACAGCAGCAGCGCAUUCAUUUUCCCCUUCACCCUCCUCUGGCCCACCAACCCCGACAUCAUCAUCCGCAACAUCUACGACAGCGAGACGCCCGCAUUCGAGUCGUCCACCCUCGCCCUGGCUGCCUCCCUCGCCACAUCGGUGACCUUCCCCACCAGCCUCGCACAGGACAAUGUCAUCAUCCCGGCCUUCUACCGCCUCCUGCCCAAGCUGCUCUUCAGCUCAGCCCGCACCCUCACCCUUCAAAAGGCCAGGGACACCGACCACCCCCUCCUACAGCCACUGCUUUUCAAUCUCGGCCGCAUCUUCCCAUCGGUGCGGUCCAUCGACAUGGGCAAGGCACAGCAGCUGGGCGAGGGGGCCGUCGUCAAGACGAUAGAUGACCUCCCAUCGCUUCGAGUGGUGCGGUUCGCACGGCAGGCCAUUCUUUGCGGGCCCGAGGGGUUCUUCCUCCCGUCGUACCUGCGCAACUGUGCGAGUGACGGGCCGCUGCUGCACAUCAAGGGGGCGUUUUACUCAUCCUUUGCUGUAGAUGACGGUUGGUCGCUGUGGGAGGGGGAGGAAGAGGAAAGCGGGGCUGAGGCGCCUGUGGGCAAGGCAGAUGGGGGCGACAAGAAUGCAGGCAGCGGCACCAGGGAGGAGAUGUCAGUGGGAACAGCAGAGAGGCGCAGCAAGGAGGGAGGUAGUGGGGGAAUCGCGCGUCGCAUCCGUCGCAUCAGCGUGGUUUUCUCGGCUGACUAUGAGCCAGAGGACGCAGAGGAGGAUGGCCUGAACCCUAAACCCCUAAACCCACGGGUAGACAGGGAGGCCUUCGGCUAUUUGUUUGACACGUGCAUCAAGGCCAUCAGCACCCUGCCUAACCUAGAGUGCAUCACACUCCGAGCACACAGCGAGUUCCCCAUGGGUUUGCUACACACAGGUGGGAAGGGUGCCGUAGGGAGGCGGCUGAGCCGUUGCGGGUUCGUCGCUGUGCAAACAGGCCCUUGUAGUGUUGAGCUGUGUCGGGAGGGGCUGCCUGUCACGGAGGGCCAGCGGCUGAUCACUGACUAUUUCUCACGUGUCCAUAGUAGCAAUGAGAUGGUUGACUAGAUGGGUGUACUGGCUGGUGGCGUGUGUGCAGGGGGUGUACAAAGGGAACAUUCACGUUUGUGCCCGGCGCCAAGUGUUGCAUGCGAUGCCUGCCUUUGUGGGUUUGAUGUCCAUCCAGCGCCCCAUCUUAGCUUGUCUCUCUGCUUCUUGUCGUUCCGGUCGAUCCGCCGGCCAAAGGCGAGGAGGAGUAGUUGGACAGUGUGCAGAGGAGCACGUCUGUGCCGCUCAGACGCACACAUAUCCUGACUGACUGAUGCUCCAUCAACUUACUGCAUACACUGGCUGGUGUGUCGGAGCGAGUUGUGUAAAGACAGUCGAUUCGAUGUGCACAACUCUGACAGUGUGUGCCUGUCGAUGUCUUCUCUUGAGAUAACGCCAGGUGCGACUCGACGGAUGAGGACACGUACACCGACGUUUGACUUGCAUGAAUUCCACCCAGGACCUGGCCCAGCGGAAUGGCACAUCACACACACACACAG